AUGUCCUUUCUUUGGGAUGCCUUGUUGUCAGCAGCUUCUCCUCCUCUCACUUUGAGUGCUGUGGGUGUUGCUUUGGUUGCUGUGUUGACAUUUGGAAAAUUAUAUUUCAAUGGAGGAAUGGUUCCAUCAUACUUGUUAAAUCACACCAAUUUGAACGGAAAGGUUGCAAUAGUGACAGGUCCAUCAUUGGGUGGUAUUGGAUUCGAAGCUGCUGCUUUUUUAUAUUCUCGAGGUGCCACAGUCAUUUUGGGAGUUCGUAAUGUUUCCAAUGGUGACAUGAUUCAACAAGAAAUUUUCAAAAAGUAUCCUACAAGUGAAUCAACAACAAAAUCAGAUUCUCAAAUUCAUGUCGUUGCUUUGGAUUUAUCUGAUCUACAAAGUGUGAAAUCUUUUACCAAGACAUUUAAAGAAAAAUUCGAUCGAUUGGACAUUUUAUUGAACAAUGCAGGUAUCAUGAUGACUCCACAUUCGACCACAAAACAAGGUGUGGAAAUUCAAUUUGGUACCAAUCAUUUAGGUCACUUUCUAUUAACUUAUUUAUUAUUGGAUUUGAUUAAAAUAUCGAAUGGUCGAGUAGUGAAUGUGAGUUCAAGAGCAGGAGAACACUGGGUAAAAGAAAAGGAUGAAUGUCAACAGGUCAUUCUCAAUGAUGGUGUGAACAGUGGUGGUAUUGAGAGGAGUGGUGGUGUGAACAGUGGUAGUGGUGGUGUUGAGAGGAGUGGUGGUGAUAAUAUCCAUUAUUCAAAAUUGAGUGGAUUCGCAUCCUUCACCUUAGAUACUGUUCAAGGAGAUUGCAAAGAGAUUCCUACUGAUCGAUUGUAUGGACGAUCCAAAUUUGCAAAUAUGGUCUUUACAAGAAGAUUGGAAAAGGAGUUGAGGAGAAAGGAUGAUGAUGAUGGUUGUACGACUCUGGCAAGUGCAUUUAGUCUUCAUCCUGGUGUCAUUCGUACUCAACUUUGGCGUCAUUUAAAUCCUCUCUAUUUCACUCUUGUUGCUCCUUUUUGGUGGUACAUCACAAAGAAUGCUUAUCAAGGUGCACAAACAUCCAUCUAUUUAUGUAUUGCACCUUUGAAUCAAUUGAAAGGAGGAAAUUAUUACUCGGAUUGCAAAUUAGAUGAUGCCUCUGAAAACCAAUUGGCACUCGAUGAAGAGUUACAAGAAAGACUCUGGAAUACAUCUUUGGAAUUGUGUCAACCAUUUUUGAAUCAAGAUUAA